CUCUCUCUCUCUCUCUGUCUGCCACAUUGAAGUGCGUGAGGGUGAAGCAGAAGCAGUUGUGGAAGGAAGCAGAAGCAGCACGUGUUGAAGGAAGCAGAAGCACGUGUUGAAGGGAAGGAAGCAGAAGCAGCAAAAUCGGAGAAAUCAAACGGAAGAAGUGAGACAGAGAAAAUCGAAAAUGUGCUCUUCAGAGGGUGAUUGCAGGCCUUUGGGCUUUCUACUGGGCCUUCCGUUCGCUCUUCUCUCCCUCCUCCUCUCCAUCGUCGGCAUCGUCAUCUGGAUCGUCGGAUUGUUGCUGACGUGCAUAUGCCCGUGCUGUUUGUGCGUGACGGUGAUGGUGGAGCUGGCCCUGGAGUUGGUGAAAGCUCCAAUUCAUGUGAUGGAAUGGUUCACUUCUCAAAUCCCCUGUUAAUCUCUCCAUCUUUUCGUCUCUUUCUCCUCUGCUUGCUUGAUACUUGCAAUUACUCACUUUUUUUUUCUUUUAAUUUUAUUAUUUUUGUUUUUAAUAUAUGUCGCCUUCUUAGAUACAUAUUUCAUUGUGAAUGAAUGAAUGACUGCUUGUGUA